AUGCAUCACCACGCACUCCUCGUUGCAGGCUUUGCCGCUCUAGCUGCUGCCAACCCAGCUCCUCAGAACGUUGACUUCGCUUCAGUCAAUGCUGCCCCUUCUCCAACUUUGACUGGCCCAGCCCCGAAUGCUACCAAAGAAUCCGUCAUCAUCAACAAUGCUGCCGCCUCCGCUUCGGGAUCUGCUAAGGUCACUGGUAUUGCAACAGCUUCGGCCACAGCCUCCCAAAACGCUAAGCGUCAUCUCUCGAACUGGGGAUGGGGAUGGGGAUGGGGAGAUUCAAGCUCUUCUACCUCUACCGUCAAGGCCACUUCUACCUCGAUUCGCAUCACAUCAACCACCUCAGUCGCAAGCACUAGUUCCAAAGUCCCUGCUUCCUCUACCACGGCCCCACCAGCAACCACUCCAUACGUGAGCACUCCAUGUGCCACCCAACCAGAUGGGUACGGACCAAAAGUUCAACCCGACACCGUCGAUGCUUUCCUCGCCUAUUCCGAAUUUGCCUCGGAGUCCAAGAAAGCCGUGACUCCUCUCGGAUAUUCCCAGACCUUUGUAGAUCUCAAUGCCGCCGUCACCGCCAACACCUAUCUCGGCCUCACCACUUUCACCAGCUACGACGUAUCCCAAUGCGGCACCCUCUGCGACAACACCAACCUUUGCACCGGCUUUAACAUCUACGUGGAGCGCGAUCCAUCCAUCAACCCCUCGGACGACUGCCCCAACCCCGCAUCCAUCACCAACUACAAGUGCACUCUCUGGGGCUCGGGCGUCGACUCUGCUUCCGCUACCAACGCAGGCCAAUACCGAGAUCAAUUCCAAGUCGUUAUCACCGGCUCCAACGGCUACUCCAAAAUCGUAGCUCCCCCCACCCAACCAGGCUGGCAACCACCUCAACAAUGCGGCGGUGGCUCCAAAGCCCACUCGCACCCCUCAACCUGUUUAGGACAGGCUUUCUUCCCCGGUCCCUACAACCCCGCUGUAUGCGCCGGCUACGCUACUGCUCAGAAUGCUAAGAAUCUAGCGCUCGUCUCGUCGUGGAUGCAGUUGAUCUAUAAAUUCUUGGACUAUUCUCCGUACGAGUGUAAGUUUUUUAACUCGUAUGUGUUGAAGAAGAAUGGGAAGCCGUUGGGUACUUAUUGUUCGUUGUUUACGCAGGUGUAUGCGGGUUCUGCGGCUACUUAUUCGAUUGGGGUUCAGGGUGAGGAUAGUUGGUCUUGUGAUAAUUCUUAUAGUUAUAGUAUUUCUGUUUAA